AUGCCUGCCUGCCGUUAUUCAUCCCAAGCUGCCUGGAGUGCUUCUCGGCUGGGGCAGGCAGAACGCCAACUCGGUGUCCGUCAAGACACAAGCAUGCCUCCCAAAAGUGAUUCACCAAUGAAUCCCGAAGGCGACUCAGGUGCAGCGGAACAGCAACACCUGGACUUUUGCUCGAAAUCCGACUACCAGCAAGGCGUCCCUACAAACAGUCUUCGGCAAGGAUUGCGCUUCCGCUGGAAUCCAGACACUCGCAAAGAGUCCAUGGCUCAUGGCAAAGAGGCACAACGCGACCUGGAACGAAAUCCGUCUACAGACUAUGUCGGUUUCCGAACACUCGCCAAACGCCACGAUCUGCUCGAUUGCUCUUCUUGUUCGUCAUCAGGACCUGAUAAAGGGACAUUUUCUUCUUCACUCUACAUAGCUAGAAUCAAGAAUGACCUGGAUAGAAAACCAUGGAUCAUAAUAGAACUCAGACUUGCCUAG